AUGCAUGCAGUUCCUGUCGCUGUGGUCCCAAAGGUUGCUCAGAUUGCUGCUACAGAUGCAGUUCCUGUCACCAUCUUGUCAACUGUUGCUCAGAUUGCUGCUAUGGAUGCAGUUCCUGUCACUGUGGUGCCAACUGUUGUUCAGAUUGUUGCUACAGAUGCAGUUCCUGUCGCUGUGGUGCCAACUGUUGCUCAGAUUGCUGCUACAGAUGCAGUUCCUGUCAUUGUGGUCCCAACUGCUGUUCAGAUUGCUGCUACGGAUGCAGUUCCUGUCACUGUCUUGUCAACUCUUGCUCAGAUUGCUGCUACAGAUGCAGUUCCUGUCACUGUGGUGCCAACGGCUGCUCAGAUUGCUGCUACGGAUGCAGUUCCUGUCACUGUGGUGCCAACUGCUGGUCAGAUUGCUGCUACAGAUGCAGUUCCUGUCGCUGUGGUGCCAACUGUUGCUCAGAUUGCUGCUACGGACGCAGUUCCUGUCACUGUGGUGCCAACUGCUGCUCAGAUUGCUGCUACGGAUGCAGUUCCUGUCACUGUGGUGCCAACUGUUGUUCAUAUUGCUGCUACAGAUGCAGUUCCUGUCGCUGUGGUGCCAACUGUUGCUCAGAUUGCUGCUACAGAUGCAGUUCCUGUCAUUGUGGUCCCAACUGCUGUUCAGAUUGCUGCUACGGAUGCAGUUCCUGUCACUGUCUUGUCAACUCUUGCUCAGAUUGCUGCUACAGAUGCAGUUCCUGUCACUGUGGUGCCAACUGCUGCUCAGAUUGCUGCUACGGAUGCAGUUCCUGUCACUGUGGUGCCAACUGCUGGUCAGAUUGCUGCUACAGAUGCAGUUCCUGUCGCUGUGGUGCCAACUGUUGGUCAGAUUGCUGCUACAGAUGCAGUUCCUGUCGCUGAGGUGCCAACUGUUGCUCAGAUUGCUGCUACAGAUGCAGUUCCUGUCAUUGUGGUCCCAACUGCUGUUCAGAUUGCUGCUACAGAUGCAGUUCCUGCCACUGUCUUGUCAACUCUUGCUCAGAUUGCUGCUACAGAUGCAGUUCCUGUCACUGUGAUGCCAACUGCUGCUCAGAUUGCUGCUACGGAUGCAGUUCCUGUCACUGUGGUGCCAACUGCUGGUCAGAUUGCUGCUACAGAUGCAGUUCCUGUCGCUGUGGUGCUAACUGUUGCUCAGAUUGCUGCUACGGAUGCAGUUCCUGUCACUGUCUUGUCAACUGUUGCUCAGAUUGCUGCUACGGACGCAGUUCCUGCCACUGUCUUGUCAACUCUUGCUCAGAUUGCUGCUACAGAUGCAGUUCCUGUCACUGUGGUGCCAACUGCUGCUCAGAUUGCUGCUACGGAUGCAGUUCCUGUCACUGUGGUGCCAACUGCUGCUCAGAUUGCUGCUACGGAUGCAGUUCCUGUCACUGUGGUAAAGAAGCGGCCUUUGUUGUCACUGGCACAAGACAUGACGCUCUCACCCUAA